UACUGUUUUAAUUCUUAGUCCUCUUCGUAAUGACUUCAUCAUAAUUAACAUUCAUCUGGUGUAAGAAUGACAGUGCUCCUCUGUCACCGUGAUUUUUUAUUUCAAAAUACUCCUUUCAUUGCACCACUUUGACUCUGCUCGGGCUCAUUUGUCGCAUGUGGCUUUCCGUAGCGCCACGCUCGGUAGGUGGAGAUCAUCCACGCAAAGGCAAAGAGGUCAAGAGGAGGGGAGGGAAACCACGUGUGUUGAGCACCACCACCAUGUACAGCUCUGUCCUUCCUCUGUAGCCUUGUUUUUGUAAGCCGCUGCUACCCUUCGCAUGUAGACUCCGGACCAGCUGUGAGCCUCAGAAGCGGACCGGUUCUGAUUCUGCUUUUCGACUUAAAACCACAGCACACUGCUGAGAGCUGAAAGCUGCACGGAGGGGGGCAGUUUCUGGAGCCACACACUGACUGCCGACCAUGGUGAGCAAGACAGAUGACAUCCCGGCAUCAGUGCCUGACUGUAAUCCGGUGGAUCUCCAACGGGACGGAGCCCAGGAGGGCACUGGGACCAGUAAGGGCUGCCUGAAGGAGUCCUGCGGCUGUGCGGGUCACAGCGCAGGAACGGCCAUGGUGAACGGAGACGGCGCCCACACAGAGGAGGGAGAGUCGAAGCAGGAUGAGAACAGCGAGGCGGAUGGCGGCGAGGACUCCAACGAACAGGAAGUGAUAGUGAUCCAGGACACGGGCUUCACCGUCAAGAUACAGGCGCCCGGAACCGAGCCGUUCGACCUGCAGGUGUCCCCCCAGGAAAUGGUGCAGGAAAUCCACCAGGUGUUGAUGGACCGGGAGGACACCUGCCACCGCACCUGCUUCUCCCUGCAGCUGGACGGGAAUGUGCUGGACAACUUCGCCGAGCUCAAGUCCAUCGAGGGUCUGCAGGAAGGAUCGCUGCUCAAAGUGGUUGAAGAACCGUACACUGUGCGUGAGGCCCGCAUUCAUGUGCGGCACAUCAGAGACCUGCUGAAAAGCCUGGACCCCUCAGACGCCUACAACGGCGUGGACUGCAACUCGCUGUCCUUCCUCAGCAUCUUCACUGAUGGAGACCUCGGAGACAGUGGAAAGCGAAAGAAGAAGGGCACCGAGCUGGAGCAGAUCGACUGCACCCCUCCGGAGCACAUCCUGCCUGGCAGCAAAGAGCGCCCCCUGGUGCCCCUCCAGCCACAGAACAAAGACUGGAAGCCCAUGCAGUGCCUGAAGGUCCUGACCAUGAGCGGCUGGAAUCCUCCGCCUGGAAACAGGAAGAUGCACGGCGACCUCAUGUACCUGUACAUCGUGACUGUGGAGGAACGCCACGUCAGCGUCACGGCCUCAACGCGAGGCUUCUACCUCAAUCAAUCAACAACCUACACCUUCAACCCCAAGCCAGCUAACCCCAGCUUCCUGAGCCACUCUCUGGUGGAGCUGCUGAGCCAGAUCAGUCCUGCCUUCAAGAAGAACUUCACCUCGCUGCAAAAGAAAAGGGUGCAGAGACAUCCGUUUGAGAGGAUAGCCACGCCUUUCCAGGUGUACAGCUGGACGGCUCCGCAGGUGGAUCAUGCGAUGGACUGCGUCAGAGCUGAGGAUGCCUACACCUCCCGCCUUGGCUAUGAGGAGCACAUACCGGGACAGACCAGAGAUUGGAACGAGGAGCUGCAGACCACCCGGGAGCUGCCGCGCAAGAACUUACCUGAGCGACUGCUGCGGGAGAGAGCCAUUUUUAAGGUCCACAGUGACUUUGCAGCUGCUGCCACUCGCGGGGCCAUGGCAGUCAUCGAUGGCAACGUCAUGGCAAUCAACCCCGGCGAGGAAACGCGCAUGCAGAUGUUCAUCUGGAACAACAUCUUUUUCAGUCUGGGCUUCGACGUGCGGGACCACUAUCGUGAGCUCGGCGGCGAUGCCGCCGCCCACGCUGCGCCGACUAAUGACUUGAACGGAGUACGUGCUUACGGGGCGGUGGACGUGGAGGGUCUCUACACCCUGGGGACAGUGGUAGUGGACUACAGGGGGUACAGAGUAACUGCACAGUCCAUCAUCCCAGGGAUCUUGGAGCGAGAGCAGGAGCAGAGCGUCAUCUACGGCUCCAUUGAUUUUGGAAAGACGGUUGUGUCUCACGGCAAAUAUCUGGAGCUGCUCGAUAAAACCAGCAGGCCACUGAAGGUGCAGCAGCACAAAGUGAUGAAUGAGAAGGAAGAGUCAGUGGAGCUGUGCUCCUCCGUUGAAUGCAAAGGCAUCAUUGGUAACGACGGCAGACACUACAUCCUGGACCUUCUCCGAACCUUCCCUCCUGACUUGAACUUCCUGCCUGUGGAUGGAGAGGAGCUGUCUGCAGAGAGCCAGCGUCAAGGUUUCCCCCGGCAGCAUCGUCAUCGCUUGGCUUGUCUUCGCCAAGAGCUCAUCGAGGCCUUUGUCGAGCACAGAUAUCUCCUUUUUAUGAAGAUGGCAGCGUUACAACUAAUGCAGCAAAAGGCAAACAAGGACUCUAGCAAAACAGACGUGCCCGCCAUUACCGAGACCUCGGCGACAGACAGCGGCGUUGAUUCCACACAGACUACUGCUGCACAAGCGUCGACAGACGGCACAGACCCGACAGACAACAACAACACCUCUGCUGCCCCACAAAUGGCACCUGAAAGUGAAGAAAGCUCCUCAAAGCCCACAACAAACGGGCCUGUGGAUCCCACAGGCACCCAGAACGGGGAAUGCAGAAGCCCACUGGAGGGUAAGGAGCUUGAGGAAAGUAUUCCAGGAUUAGCGCAGGCCAAAGAGCUGGCGGAGACCUUAGUGUCCGAAGAUGGAUCCGGUAUGGAUCCCAAAAGCCGCGAGGUGGUCCUGAACGCCUGCAGGGCUGUGGGCUCCAUCAGCAACACAUCGUUUGAUAUUCGCUUCAACCCCGACAUCUUCUCCCCAGGGGUGCGUUUCCCAGAGGACACGUUGGAGGACGUUCAGAAGCAGAAGCAGCUCCUCAAAGACGCCGCUGCCUUCCUGGUCACCUGUCAGAUCCCAUCUCUGGUUAAAGACUGUUUGGACCACAGCACUCUGCCCAUGGACGGAGCCACGCUGACGGAGGCCUUGCACCAGAGAGGCAUCAACGUCCGCUACCUGGGGACAGUCAUGGAGUUUGUGGACAAGACCCCAGCCAAAGCCCAGCUCGAGCAUUUCUACAGGAUAGGAAUUGUUGAGCUGAUCACAAGGUGUGCAAAACAUAUCUUCAGGACAUACCUGCAGGGCGUGGAGCUCUCUGCUCUCUCUGCUGCAGUCAGCCACUUCCUCAACUGCUUCCUGAGCUCCUUCCCCGACGCCGUCGCUCACCUGCCUCCCGACGAGCUCGUGUCGCGUCGCAAGAGCCGCAAGCGUCGCAACAGGGUCCCCGCCGGCGGUGACAACACGGCGUGGGCCAGCCUGACGCCCAGUGAGCUGUGGAAGAACAUCGCCACCGAGGCUCAGAGCUACUAUCACUUCAAAAUGCAGUGCGAGAGCGUUGACCAGGUUGUGGAGAAGUACGCCCUGCAGAAAACCACCCUGCUCAGAGAGAUCUCAGUCAAAACUGGCAUCCAGAUCCUGUUGAAGGAGUAUAAUUUCGACAGCCGUCACAAGCCGGCCUUCACGGAGGAGGACAUCCUGAAUAUUUUCCCCGUCGUCAAACAUGUGAACCCUAAAGCCUCCGACGCCUUCCACUUCUUCCAGAGCGGCCAGGCUAAAGUUCAGCAAGGUUUUCUGAAAGAAGGUUGCGAACUGAUCAAUGAGGCUCUGAACCUCUUCAACAACGUUUAUGGAGCCAUGCACGUAGAGAUCUGCGCCUGUCUACGCCUGCUGGCCCGCCUAAACUACAUCAUGGGAGACCACCCUGAGGCUCUCAGCAACCAGCAAAAAGCAGUUCUGAUGAGCGAAAGAGUCCUCGGCAUCGAGCAUCCCAACACAAUCCAAGAAUACAUGCAUUUGGCUCUUUACUGCUUCGCCAACGGCCAGCUUUCAACCGCCCUGAAGCUGCUCUAUCGGGCUCGUUACCUCAUGCUGUUGGUGUGCGGGGAGGACCACCCAGAGAUGGCGCUAAUAGAUAAUAAUAUUGGGCUCGUGCUUCACGGAGUGAUGGAGUAUGAUCUAUCCCUGAGGUUCCUGGAGAACGCUCUGACCAUCAACACAAAGUACCACGGAGCUCGUUCCCUCAAAGUGGCUCUCAGCCAUCAUCUGGUUGCCAGGGUGUAUGAGAGCAAGGCAGAGUUUCGCUCAGCUUUGCAGCACGAGAAAGAGGGCUACACCAUCUACAAGAACCAGAUGGGCGAGGCUCACGAGAAGACCAAGGAGAGCUCAGAGUACCUGAAGUAUCUGACCCAGCAGGCUGUGGCUCUGCAGAGAACCAUGAACGAGAUCUACAAGAACGGCUCCAGCGCCAGCAUCAUGCCGCUGAAGUUCACCGCUCCCAGCAUGGCCAGCAUCCUGGAACAGCUCAACAUCAUCAACGGCAUCAUCUUUAUUCCACUCAGUCAAAAGGAUCUGGAGAACCUGAAGGCAGAGGUGCAGAGGCGGCAGCAGCUGCAGGAGCUGGGAAAGAGCGAGGAGCCCGCAGAGGGCAGCCCACUCGAACUAGAAGACAAAAUCCCUGUCGAUUAACUUCCAACAGCUCCAGGCACAGCUGCUUUCUGCUUAAAGAAAAUAAUAGAGGAGAGAGGCUGUGACACGACAGCCAAGCGACGGAGCCUGUGGACCUGAAAACUAAGUAAAUCAGCUUUGAAAUAAACAGGGUGAGGGUGGGGUCAGAGAAGUCCUGGGAAGACAAACCGUAUGGACUGUAGGACAAACGAAUGCAGAGCAGGGGCUUCCUACAAAGUAGGAGAGGGAGGGAGCAGAAAUUACAAAUGACAUAGAUUCAGUGUAAAGGUGCAAUCAGAGUAAAACUGGGCUCACGAAAGACGUCCCUGAAAAGUGUUGGCUGCUUAGACAAAUUUACAUUUGGAAAAGAAACGGCUGCAGCUGGAGGAGAGAGACCAAGAAUGACCAUCACAUUAUGUACCAGAGCCUUAUCUGCCAUAUCAUCACCCCGAAACCACGCUUCUUUUAAGAUGCCUCCAAGGUGCUUCGAAUGAAACGGCACCGAGCCUGCCCAAGAACUCAGGGCGUGUUACCACUGUGCACGAACAGACCCGAAUAAAGGCAGUAAACCAGAGAUUUGUUUCUAAUGGGGGCCGCAGAAUGUAAACUCCCAUCUUUAAGUCACUUUGUAGCAAUCAGAGUUCAUCCGAAAACCUCCCCGAUGAGUCAUGUGUUUAAUUUGUUCUGUCGUUUGUACGUGCUACGUCCCAGGACGGGCGCUUUGAACCGAUCACUUCAUUUGUUUUAAUUUGGUGGGGUUUAUUUUGUUUGGGUUUUUGUUUGUAUGUUUUUAAUGUGUGUUGAUCAUCAGUAAAUUUAAGCCAUGUUUGUUUUAUGGAAAAUGUAUAGAAAUGAGGAAAGGGGGAUGUAUAGAGAUGUAUAAAUCUUGAGUGGAUCUAGUUGGUGUUAAGGGAAAUCACAGAUCUCGAAUACGUCCACUUUAAGCCGUAGAUAUAUCCACAUAUAAAUAUAAAUAUAUACUAGCUGUGUUCAAUCUUUUAUUUUUACAUUCAAACAAAACGGAAUAUACAUGCAUGUGUGUUUGACGGUGUGCGUCUGUGUGUAGUCUGACGGGGAAAUCUGCCGAGCAGGACUGUUUGCUUUCCAAAUGUUUUAUACCUCUGCACACGUGAAAGCUGUUCAAACGCUGAUGCAUAUUUUCUUAAAACAUUCAUGGCCACCAAUGUUGUAAAUCUGCUUACGUAUGAAGUUGGUUGCUCUACUCAUCACCGCACAAACUCUCACUUUUGGACUGUGUUUUUUUUCUUUUGUUUGUUUUUAUUUUUGUUCUGGCUUUCGGAGAUUUAAAAACUAGCCAAGGUUGAGCGGCACUUAUCUUGUGCAACUGCAUGACCAAAAGUGGGCAAAGAGCCGGUAUGAUGUUGCAAAAAAAAAAGAAGGAAAAAAAAAAAGACUGAUACAAAUCUGUUUGUAUACAUGCAAUGUUUCCCAUCUAUUGUAAUUUCCUUACAUUGUUGCAGUGUGUAGAUGUGUGAUUAAAGCAAUAGAGAGGGGAUGCUGGAGUUUUUGAUUGUUUUGUAGAGAAUGUUUUUGUACAUGGCACAAAACAUGCAAAAUGGACUCCCCUUGAGUUUAAGAUGAGCUUGUUCAGAAGUAAAUGUCAAGCUCUUCACAAUGAAUCCUAUCCCCUAAAACUUGUCGCAGCAGUUGCAGAGCCUGUACGUGCCUCUUGUUUAUGUUCUUGAAUUGAACUUGGGUCAUGGUGGGUGAACUUUAGCAGAAUAUAAAGCUAACAUUUCCCUCUCUUUUUUUUUCCGGGUCUUUUGAAUUAGUUUUAACUUUAAUUUGACUUUGUUCGUGUACUUUGUCAACAGUAACACCAACACUGUCCACAAGGGGGCGCCAAACAUCCUUUUGUAAUUUUGAGGGAAUAAUAAAGACGUGCUGCAGGGGCACAAACGCAUUGUUUCUUUUUACAGAACAUGAUGGAUGAGUUUGAGUAUAAAUUGAUUUAAUCACCGUUGCACUACAAAUCCAUACAGAAAACACUUAAAUACCAUAUAUGCUAUCACUUGGCCGGAAUUGAAAAGCAUGUGUGGAUGACGUGUGUUUGACUAUUAUGUCCAAGCUGUUUUGCCAUAUUCAGCGUACAAAGUAAAAAAGAUU